AUGCGCUCAAUCAGCCUCGUGGCUCUUGCCGCGCUCUCGUGUGCAACCGAGUCUCUCGCAGCAGAUGUUCUACGCCCCAAGUACUACUUUCCCCGUGAUGUCAACCGACGCACCAACACUACGUCAACUUCCACGAGCAGUGGAACUUCCGACGAAAUUGUCGUCCCCAUCUACGUCUACGUCGGUACUGAUGGACUCACUACUACCGUGACAGGAACCCCUCAAACGAAGACUAUCACCGACCCUGUCACAACGGCUAGCCCAACCUCUGUUACCGCUGGUGCAGUGACAGCUGCUGCGGACUCCACUACUGCAUCAUCUCCCGACUUGGUGGGUGCUUUGGGAAGCGACCUUAGCAACUUGUUGGACCCUACUACCACUGCGGCCGUUGGCUCUACAACUGGUCUUCCUACUAGCGUUGUGCAACCAACAACUUCAACUUCUGCUUCGAUCACGGCCACUAUUACAAGCGGUUCUUCGUCUGCCACGUCCACCAGCACUAGCUCUGAUGGAAACCUCAUUUCCGACCUUUUGGGCUCUAGUGGAAUCCUUGGUGGAUUGUCUCCUAGUUCAACCGCCUCAUCGAGCGCUCCUGGUAUCACGGUCGGUCUGUCCAGCAUCUACUCAUCCGCGGUAAUCCCAACAGCUACUUCAUCAGCAUCAGCAUCUGUAUCUGCAUCUGCUAGCAGCAGCAGCAGCACCUCUGAAGGUCUUUUGCCUUCAUUGUUGAGCUCGCUUCUUCCCAUUGUUCCAAGCAGCACCAGCGCCAGUGCCAGCACAAGUACAAGCACAAGCGCAACUGGAUCUAGCUCUGCCACGAUCUCUUCUCAGUCGAGCGGCUCUACUGGCCUUCCUUCUCUGUCAAUUCCCAUCUCGAUUCCCAGUUUGACCUUGACCUCGUCCACUGCUAUCAUUCCUCCUGCUAGCAGCAGCCCUGCUAUUCCCACGGGUACAACUUCCAGCCCAUUGUCUAGCGGUGCCGUUACAUCCAAGGUCCCUGUCCCGUCUACAAGCGGAUCGGCUACUGCAUUGGUAUCAUCUUCCGCUCCUUUGAGCAGUACUCCUGCUACCGUCUCUCCUUCGACUGCCGUGCCCUCUCAGACACAGACUACCGCUGAACCAUCUGCCACCACUUCUAGCUCAUCUUCGACAAGCGCAACUUCAACGCAGACAACUCAGUAUAUCCCACCACCAGUUCAGACCCCAACUGAGACCAGCACUGGAACGACCGCUUCGUCAUCUUCCGGACCUACUCAGAUUCCCCAGGCCAUUUCCCCUCCAGGUGGUACUCCAAACACUCCUGAGAACUCUACAUUGGUUCAAUUCGGUUUCAACAAGGCCUUGUCAUGGGAGACUGUUGCUACAUCCGCCAACUGGGCCGACCAGAUCUAUUACUAUACUCCUAUUGGUGUUGCCUAUGCUCUUAAUGACGCCACAAGCGACGUUGUCAACUAUUGGCUUGGUUCGUACGAUACCAAAGCAAGCCUCGGCUACGACACGACCCUCAUCAAGUUCUUCAUCCCAGCCGACCAGGUUGACACUCUAAACGGUCUCCGACUCCUCCCAUCGUCCAACUUGUACAAGCAGCCAAACACCCCCAAUGAUGCACCAACAUAUGACCAGGAAUCGAUCGUGAACUUGUUCUCGAUGCUAAACACCGACAUUCCUCUUGUUGCUCAACAACCUGCUGGCUCUACUCCUUCCAGCACCUCUAGUACAACUGGAAACGGUAACACGACUGGUGGCAACGAUGACAGCGGAUCCAACCCUGGUGAUGGCAGUGCAGGUACCAGCAGCAAUGUCCGCGCCAGCUCUGUCGGUAUUGGUGUCGGAGCUGCCGCCGGUGCCGCUGCUUAUGCUGGAGUCAUGUUCUACGUUGCCCGCCGUUACAGGAAGCGCAAGCAAUUGCACGCCCGUUCCCCCUCGGUCACCACUGCUUCCAUGAGCGAAGUUGGCGGUGCAUCCAUGUUCGCUCAGGGUGCUCGCAUCUCACAUAACAGUGGCCGAAGCGGUCGUACUGCUAUGAUCAGCGCUCCUGUCAUGUCCGAGAACUCCUUGGGAUGGAACUAA